AUGUACACUAAAGUCGAAAAAACUAACAUGUUGAACUGUUUUAUUGAAUCUGGGAAAAACUCCAGAACUGCAGCAAGGUUGUAUCAACAACGUUAUCCUGAUAGCCAGUGUCCCGGUCAUACAAUGUUUUACCGGAUAAACAAACAAUUAAGUGUGAACGGUAUGUUUACUAAAACAAAAACAACUCGAAACACAAACAUAAACAAUAAUAAUUCACUGGAAGUCUUGUGUAAAUUUAUUGAGAACCCGCAUAUAUCCUUGCGAGAUGUAUCAAAAGAUUUAAAUUUAUCAUACUAUUUUGUACAAAAAACGGCUAAAAAGUAUAAGUAUCAUGCUUACUUACCAACUCGGGUACAGCAACUACUACCAACGGAUUAUGAACGGCCGCGGCGUAUUACUUUUGUUGCUCAUAUGAUGGUUCGAUUGGAAGAUCAACCCAAUUUCUUGGAGAAAAUUAUGUGGACUAAUGAGGCGAGGUGCCAUAAUAAUGGAACCGUAAACCACCACAAUAAUCAUUAUUGGAGUGAUAAGAAAUCCCCAUUGGUUAAAUGA